AUGCCCCGAUGGGGAAGACCACCGGGGGCACGAAUGGGGAGACAUAACAGGGGACGUGGAGGGUGGGAUGAUGUUGCACGAGUGGAGGAGAUUGACAGCGAGGAAGAGGGGGACGAGUAUGAACGCCAAUUGAUGCGCAGCGGUCGUGGAUACAUGCGGCAAUUGGAAUAUGAAGGACGUGGUCCGCGCAGGAGACCAAUGGACUAUGGUGAUUUGACCGACGAGACGGGCUCGGUCGACGGAGGCGAUUACGACUUGUACGAUCACGAAGACAGCACGGUGGCCUAUGCCGUUCAGCUGGCCAUGCGGGACAAGGAGGAUCAGUUGGUGGAGACGGCAUUGGAACGCAUUCGCCGCGCGCAAAUGCUGGGCAAGAAGAACGUGCGAUUGUCCCAGCGUGAGCUUGAUGCCCUGGAGCGAAAACGUCAACAGACGGAUGACCCAAGUGGAGCUCGACGUGUGAAGCAAGCCGGGGCCUCAAUGAACAUACGGCCGUCGUCGAAGCGAAAGACUCCCAAGGUACAAAUACCGGAGCCUGGGCUGCCUUAUCCUACCGGUACGCCUGAUCCUGGCUGGGGACAAGGUCCCGUUGCUCAUGGUCGACCUUCGAGCUCGUCCUCUGCUCACCGUCCCCGAACUCCAACCACCCAGUCGCUGCGUCCGCAACAAUCGAAUUCACCAUUGCGGCCGACCUAUCCUGCCUUCGCCGAACGACUACCGCCGAAUGGUCGCCCGCAGACGAUGCAUCAACAUCCGAUGUACACCCGGCCGUUACCAGAUGAUCCCUCCUGGGCCCCGUCGUACUACAACCCCAUGCCGAUGAAUCCCUACACGGUCGAGCAACCCCCCUACCAGCCGCAGCUGCCUAGCGAUCUUCGUGUUGGUCCCCAAAGCCGGAUGAGCUACCCCGCGGGUAUGUCGCCGAUCCAGGCCCAAUAUCGACAAUCUCCGGAUGGCAACCGCCCAUCCAUGGGUGCGUCGCCCACCCGGGAUGGUCGAGAUCCGGAUACGGAAUCGGAAGUGUCCAGCGAGGAAGAAGAAAUUGAAAGUAGUGAAGAGGACGAGGAUGACAAUGAGGUCCAAAUCGUGCAAGUCGUCGAACGAGAGCGAGAGCGUCCGGCACCUCUGGGGCUCCAGCGACGAACGGUCUCUGGCAGCAGCAGUCGGGGCGGACGUGGUGGUCGCCAGCACAAAAGUCGGUGA